AUGGCCGAGCCCCUCUUGGCGGAAUUUCAGCACCAGCCACCGCCGGGCAACUGCACAGGUGCCGCUGCGGGCCCGGAGGAGCGGAACCCCGAGCGCCCCCCAGGCGCGGAGGAGCGUGCGCCCGAGGACAGUAGGUGGCAGUCGCGAGCGGACUCCGAGCCCAGCAAGUUGGGGGCUCCUGCCGCGGCGGGCGAGGCGGCGAGCGGGCAGGCGCAGAGGCAGCCGGGCAAGAAGAAACACCGACGGCGGCCGUCGCAGAAGAAGAAGCGGCUCUGGAAGCCCUACUACACGCUGACCUGGGAGGAGAAGCGCAAGUCGGACGAGAAGGAGAGCCUGCGCGCCUCGCGGGUGCGCGCCGAGAUGUUCGCCAAGGGCCAGCCGGUCGCGCCCUACAACACCACGCAGUUCCUCAUGGACGAUCACGACCAGGAGGAGCCCGACCUCAAGACCGGCCUCUACUCCAAGCGGGCGGCCGCCAAGUCCGACGACACCAGCGACGAGGACUUCAUGGAGGAGGCGGGCGAGGAGGACGGCGGCAGCGACGGCAUGGGCGGCGACGGCGGCGAGUUCCUGCAGCGGGACUUCUCGGAGACGUACGAGCGGUACCACGCGGAGAGCCUGCAGAACAUGAGCAAGCAGGAGCUCAUCCGCGAGUACCUGGAGCUGGAGAAGUGCCUGUCGCGCAUGGAGGACGAGAACAACCGGCUGCGGCUGGAGAGCCGGAGGCCGGGCGCCGAGGACGCGCGCGUGCGCGAGCUGGAGCUGGAGCUGGCCCGGCUGCGCGCCGAGAACCUGCAGCUGCUGUCGGAGAAGGAGCCGCGCCGGCAGCCAGAGCGCGCGCCGCUGGCCACGUUCGGAGACUAGCCGGGCCGGGGACUUCGGGGACGCGUGGCGCGACGGCGGACCUUUUUACACGCAAUCAGAAGAGAACAUCCCGGCCUUGGUUGGUUUCGUGAAUUUAGCGAUGCUGUAGCUUGCGUGCUUUCUCCUGUUCAAUUAUGUGAAACCGAAGAGUUGCUUUUCUCGUUUUCCUUUUUAGAAGUUUCUUUUUAAAUGUGAAAGUAAUUUGACCAAGUUAUGAUGCAUUUUUCUGUUUUAAAAAAUCCCUCCUUAAACGGAGCUAUGAGGUGGCCAAACCCGAGAACAAUUAAAUCCAUUUUAGUUAUAAUAAAUUUAAUAUUUGUAAAUGUAACAUAGUUUCAGUGUGAUUUCUAGAGCUAAUUUGAGAUAGUACUGAUUUGUUUUGUGAUUGCAUUUUGGGGGAGGGGCAAUACAAUCGUUAAAUUUGUCAGUUUGCAAAAAUACCAACCUUCAAUGGGAGAAUUUUCAAAUUUGCCGGCUUUUCCCUUGAAUGAGUUUUGCUAUGUUAGGGCAUGCAGUUCAGGCAAAGGAUAAAGACUGAAUUUUAGCCUCAGUACUUAAGUGUGCUUGCUUUCUAGUGCCUUGGUUUUCUUUCUUGAUGCUGGAAAAAUAAACCAGUGUUGGAUGUUUGGGGGCGUGGAGGAAAGUGGCUACAAUCAGAAGCUUAAGAUUGAAUUCUGCCUCUCAGCCACUCGGCAGUGUCAUAAAAAGGUGAAGGUAAUUCAGCAGUAUGUUGGGCUAGACAACUGACAGCCUCAUUUCACUUCCCCAAGUUGGCCUUCAGUAACUGCUUCCUCCUUUCCCUCAGCAAGGCUGGAAGGAGUUCCUGGAUGCUGGAAGGGGCUCUUGGUAAGCCACCGCUUCCCUUGUGCAGCAACACUGGGCCAGACCCGUGCGCAGCUCUUUCUGCUGAUGUUCAUGGGUAGAAAUGCUGGAUUUAUAAAGGACGUGGCUGAUGGGGAUGCCAAGGACUUACUCUAAUUGUCCAACACCUAAGUGCUCUCUAUACAAAAAAAGGAAUAGAGCUAUCCACUUUCCCAUGUGGGUCAAACUAAAAUUAGAAGUGCCCCCUCACAGCAGAUCAAAUGUAAAGUCUCCCUUCAAGGAGUUCCUGAGGUCCUCAGCUGAACCGGGAGCCCUACACGGACCCUGCAGCUGCUGUUCUCAAACUACACUGAUAGCGGCUCACGUUCUGAGUGGUGCUGCUCUCAGAACACAGGGAGGCCCCGAGACCUAGCUUCUGCCUCCAAACCAAACAGAAGUGACAUUAUUCCCUCCUGUUGCCCGGGGUCAGUGUCUGCCUCGGGCAAUGCAUUGCUCGGUUCACUAGCACAGGGGUUCAUUGAUGGGGCCUUAGACACCACAGCGGGCCUUGGGUCCAUGAACCCGUAAAGUUGUAGUAGACUUGUACGUUUUUCUGAGGAGAAGGUUUGAGAGGUUCAUGAGACUACAACUCCUUGAAGGGGAAGGGGGAAACAGCCCCUCCCACUGGGAAGCCUGCUUUUGCAGUUAAACAGCAAUAGGGGAGGUGGUGGGAAUUUGGGGUCAAAUGUCCUCACCAUGCAUGAGCAGUGUGCACAGACCAGUAAGGGAAACUAUACAGUACACUGAGUCAGGGCCUUCAAAGCUGGACUGAGUUGGUCCACUGGAGACAAUGUAUGAUCGUGUUUUUCAUUGGCCUAAAAUUUAUAUUAAACGUCUAUUUUGAAAUAGA